CCCCCUGGAGACGCGCCGCCGAGGAGCGGAAAUUCUCCAGGAGAGCCGGCGGGUAGGGGGCCGUGCGGGGGUCUGGGGUCCCGGCGGCCCGCUGCCAUGAAGCUGACGCGGAAGAUGGUCCUGUCCCGGGCCAAGGCCUCGGAGCUGCACAGCGUGCGGAAACUCAACUGCUGGGGCAGCCGCCUCACAGACAUCUCCAUCUGCCGGGAAAUGCCCAGCCUGGAAGUGAUCACCCUCAGCGUCAACAGCGUGUCGACCCUGGAGCCCAUGAGCCGGUGCCGGCAGCUGAGCGAGCUGUACCUGCGGGGAAACCGCAUCUGCAGCCUGGCCGAGCUCUUGUACCUGAAGGACCUGCCGCACCUGCGUGUGCUGUGGCUGGCGGAGAACCCGUGCUGUGGCCCCGACCCCCACCUGUACCGCAUGACCGUGCUGCGCGUCCUGCCACAUCUGCACACGCUGGACAACCAGACUGUGACAGAGGAGGAGCUGUCCCGAGCAUUGAUGGAGGGAGAGGACAUCACGGCCCCCAGCAGAGAGGGCGUGGGGAAUGGCCGGCCUGAGUUGUCCUACACCCAGAGCACCGUGAAUGCCACUGCUGAGACCCAAAGGGACCUGCUGAGCUUCGGCGAGGAGGAGGCAAGCAGCAGCGUCCAGGGGCAGCUUUGCCUGAAGGCCCCGGGCCGGGACCAGUUUCCUUCCUUCUCACAGAGGGAGGCUGUGAACAGUCACAAGAACAGGAACAACGUCCUGGCUGCCAUCCUGCUGCUGCUGCAGGACCUGGACACCGAGGGGCUGGAGGCUGUGCACCAGACCGUGGUCAGCCGGCUACAGACCCUGCACAAGCAGGAGCUGCAGGACAUGGAGUGACCUGGCGGGGACCCCAAGCUGCCAGGCCCUCCUCGGGACCUAUGCUGAAGUCCCAGUGUCUUCCCGUGCACCGGGGAGGUGGAGGUGACUACCACAGACACAGCCUCCCCUGGACCCGGGCUGAGUCCCAGCAUGUGGGCUGCGUCUUCAGGAGGCCUCAGGCUGCCCCGAGCCGUCACUGUGGUCAGCAGUGGCUGUCGAGGCCAGCAGGGGUGUCGGGCGCUGGCUGGGCAGCCCCACUGCCGUGCCCGCCUGUCGCGGGAGGUGAGGCUUGAUGCAGGUCUCCCUAAUAAACCUUUCCCAAAGCUCCACCUGGGAGAGGUUUCCUGUGCCGGACAUGGCCUUGACCUUCUUUUUAAAGGUGAGAGCCAUUGCUCAUGCAUGUUUUCCCCGGUCAGGCCUCUGACUCGGCCGUGCGGUGAUUUCUGGACCACGGGAGCCUCCCAGAACCCUGGCUUACAGACACGGGCUCCCCCUCGGAGUCACAUCGGUGCACGCACAGCACAGCUGCCCGGGGGAUGCCUGUUUUGGCUGGCGGGUUGGAAGGCGCUCACCUGUUUAGGAGCCCGGCAGUGAUGCAGGGUGUGUUUGGGCGGACCCUGCAUGAGAAGCCUUGGAGGGACAGGCCUGCCGUGUCUGCUUGGGGACUCAGGUGCGGCCACAGGUGGAACAGCAGGAAACUUCCUCUGGGAAGAGUUGCAGGCCUUGCUGUGGUGCACAGGAUCCAGGCGGUGAUGCUGCAGCCCUGGGGGGCCUUCUGAGUACCCCCAAAAGCCAAGGAUGUCUCCACAUGGAAGGGGAGCAAUAUGAUCUCCCAGCCAUUAGGGAAAAGUCCCUUCUUACUGGUGUUGAAAUGAUGGGACUGGAGAGCUAGCCAGGAUGUCCUGUCCACCCCUUUCCCGUUGGGGCGAGAAUGCCCACAUCCCUGGGUGAGCUGAGGGUGUCAGCUUGUGGGACAGCCGCACAAACUGAAGGCAUGACUUAUCCACAGUGUAUGCAUGGCCAGAGCCAGUGACAGAGUGACAGCGCCUAGAAGACCACGGCCCUCCUUCACGGCGGAGCCGCCAUGGUGCAAGCUGUUUUCACACCAUUGAAGGGCGCUGCCCGCAGGGUUGGGGGAGCCUGGGAUUGCUGGGGGCUUUAUCUAUCGGGCUCUUUUGUAUUUCAUGGGGACAACGGGGUGAGCUCUGAGCUGUGGGAAGCAAAGGGGUGCUACAUGAGGGCACCCAGAAGGGCUGAGGGCCCAUGUCUUCCCAUAAUUAGGGAGGUUGGACAUUCUCAAUAAAGCUGUGCCUUGGU